AUGUAUGAGUGGCUUCCUUCGCCCGCAUGUACAAAGGGUGGAUUGUGGUGCACCCACGCUCCGAUCACCGACCUCAUCCAAGUACAUGUACCAGAACCUGCCUCGGAGCUCGACAUCAGGUACGACUUGGCCCGCGGGCGAUGUCACGACAAAGUCCUCUAUCUCCACAACAUGUAUGCCCCGGCCGAGCGCGAGGCCUUCUUUGCGGCGCUCCCAAAGCGCUUUGAACCAGACGCAGUGCACAUAGUAGGUGGCGACUUCAACGUCAUUUUGUCCGAAGCCCUGGACUCGUUCGAGCCGCUGCCGAAGAACCUCCAGAUUGUCGAACAACUCCUGCUCUGGCUGCGUGAGCUUCGGCAGGUGGACGCGUACCGCCAGGACUACCCCACCACGAUCUCACUCUGUACGUUAGCGCCCCGACCCAGUCAACACACGUCCACGCCGCCAGACCACUCGGCGUGUACGUUUGAGUUGUCGACCCGAGUCAAACCACGAACGGGCCCGUGGCGUGCACCACAUUGGCUGGCACAGCUACCCGUGAUCAUCGACGAGUGCUUGGACCAGAUUGUUUACUCGGUCUCGAUCGGUCCGGUCGCUACGAUCGCAUGGUCAACGACAUGCACACCCGGCUCCGCCUACUGCACCGUGCCUGCGUCGACGCCGACAGAGCCCCCGACAAGAGCUCGAGCGUGA